AUGAGUGGGCUUUCGGAUUACAGGUCCUCGGAAGAGCAUAAAUCAAUAUCUCGGCGCUCACAUUGGUCCGGUGUGAAGAGGAAAAUUGACUUUGAUCCGCGUUAUAGAGCGGUUGAGUCUUCAAGCCGUCGUGAAGAUUGGUUCCGCGAAUAUAUUCAGAAAAUGGAUGAUGGAAAAGAUAGCGCUUCUCGGGAGGAUAGUGAAAAGCGGAAAGAGCGGGAGAAGCGCGAGCGACAGGAAGCUUCUUUACGCGAACGCAAGAAGGAAGUUGAGGAGGCUCGAACCAACUCAAUGAGAGAGCGGGAUCGUGAGCGUGAAUCUCAUUUACGUCGAGAAGCUGAGGCCAACUUCAAUGCCCUUCUAACCGACGCAAUUAAAUCAGAGAUACUCUCAUGGAAGGAGGCUAAAAAACUCCUUCGAAAAGACUCGAGAUGGGAUGGCAUAGCAGAUGUCCUGUCUAGGAGUGAACGUGAGAGCCUCUUCGACUCCUAUACUGCUGGUCUCAGCAAGAAAGCUAAAGAAGCUUUUCUUAAGAUUAUCAAUAGUAAUGAAUCGAUUACAUAUUGGACUCCCUGGAAAGAUGUGAAGGAGAUCUUCAGGGACGACCCACGAUUCGAUAAGCUUCUUUCAUCCGAGAAAAAAUGGAAAUCCGAAUACCGUGAUUGGGCCGGUGAACGCGAAUCCAAGGCGAAGAACAAUUUCGGUGAAAUGUUGAAGGAAAAGACCUCAUUAAUGUCAUCGUGCGUCUAUUUCUUCGGUGUUUGGCUAGUAGAUUAUGGUGUCCGGGCAAAACGCCACUCCUCUGAAAACGAUACGAUGUUGGAUGAUGUUUUAAGCACCCUCAAGGCGGACAUUCGCUACAGGGCGUUAGAACCAAGUCAGUCCAAGGCUAUGCUCGAGGAGUUCCUGCAGCGCCUCUCGGACUAA